AUGACCAGCAUGGUGCUGGGCGUGGGGAACGGCGUCUUCAUCAUGGCCAUGAUCUGGGUGUCAGCCAUGCUGCUGUGUAUGCUACUGUCCAGAUCCUCGGGGGUAGCCAGGUUCACCGGUGUCGUCAUCCUCAUUGGGGCCCUGGUCAUCACCUUGGUCCUGCUGCUGCUGCCUCGCGCUGACGAGUUCCCAGAAGCGGUGGUAGAAGCAAAGAUCGUGGACGCGUUCUUCAUCUGCCGCUACAUCCUGCUGGCUCUGCUCAUGUCCGUCUUCCUGGGAAGCGUGUUCCUGCUUCUCGUUCAGCAUAUCCUGGAGCCCGUCUAUGGCAAAUCCCUGCGCUCCCACUGAGCACGUGGCCGCCACACUCUGUCCCCUGCCAUGUCCCCGGCGGCCAGCGCGCUAGCCCGAUGACCUGCAGCCCCUGAGACGUGCCAGCAUCCUUCCAUCGCAGAUCCAAGCCUCAGGACCUGGUUCCGGAAGUGCAUUGGGGAAAAUUUGCCCAGCACCACGCAGCGGCUGGAAGGCGGACGUCCUGUCCGGUGGUGACCGUCCUGGUCCCAGCCCGCAGGUCAGGGCUGCCCAGGAGGGAAGGGCGCGGAGUCCGGGAGGCCUGUGUGAUGGGUGGCCGGUGAGGCAUGAAUGUGGCAGAGGUGGGGUGCUGCUGAAACCGGGUCCUGAUCACAGAUACCUGUUGGCCAGACCUACCCGCCCCCCUGGAGAGACAAGUGUGUUCUCCCACUAGAUGGCGCUGCUCGUCACAUCUCAGAACCCUGUGUCCGUUUGUAACAGUGGAA